AGGAAGGUUUAUCAUCUUGCCGCUUGAUAUUGAUCGAACAAAGUGUCUGUCUACAUAAAUCAACCGAUGUUUCUUUCGGCACCGGCGACGGCACCGGAAGCACUUCCAGGUUCGCCGUCGAUUUCUGACCGAGGUAGAUUCUUCUUUCGACGCCGGCCUUUUCCAUCCAAUUUUACUCUUCUGCAUCGUCCUCCGGUUUGUCGCACUCUGUCGCUCACAUUUGCUCGCCGUCGGAACCAAAAUUCAUCUGUCAGCUCGUCUUCAUCAUCUUCGAAGAAAAAGAAGAGAAAUUUGAUUCCGAAAGAAGCUAGGGACGAGGAGGAGGAUGUAGAGGAGGAUGCUCUUGAGUUGUUGUUUAGUCAACUGGAAGAAGAUCUCAAGAAUGACGCGUCUUCCUUGGAUGAGGGUGAAGACGAUGAAUUUAGCGAAGAGGACCUUGCCAGACUUGAGCGCGAGCUAGGGUUAGCUCUUGGCAUCGAUGUUGAUGAAGAAGAAGAAGAAGCAGAAGAAGAAGAAGAAGAAGAAGAAGAAGAAGAAGAUGACGACGACGGCGACGAUGAAGAUGAUGAAGAAGAGGAAAUGCCUGUAAAACUAAAGAACUGGCAACUUCGACGACUAGCCUUGGCUUUGAAGAAAGGCCGCCGUAAAACGAGCAUCAAGAGUCUUGCUGCUGAACUUUGUCUCGACAGGACCGUCGUUCUCGAGUUGCUUCGCGAACCACCACCCAAUCUUCUGAUGUUGAGUGCUAGUCUUCCAGACACUCCUAAACCAUCAAUUAUAGAAACUAAAACCUUACAAACUACUGAUGAAGAACCCCUAGUAGUAGACACUGCAAAAGAGGAGGAAGUGACGAAGGUGCCUGUUCAUGUCAUGCAACAGAGCUGGGCUGCUCAAAAGAGACUGAAGAAGGUUCAGAUUGAAACUCUUGAAAGAGUUUAUAGAAGAACAAAGCGGCCAACUAACGCAAUGAUUAGUAGCAUCGUCCAAGUGACAAAUCUGCCUCGCAAAAGAAUAGUGAAAUGGUUUGAAGAUAAGCGAGUUGAAGAUGGAGUUCCUGAUCCACGCCUACCUUUUGAUCGGUCUUCUCCUCAAUCUGCUUGAUCUUCUUCAUCUACCAAAUGCCUCAACGAUUUCAUUCUUUCAUUGGCAGUGUUUGUGUAGAAGAUUGGGUUUGGUUUGGAUGCCUAGCAUGAACCUGAAAAAAGUUCGAAUGCCGAAUGCAAGAUAGUCACAUCGAAUAUUGUUUUUGGGUAGCUGAUAAUAUGAGCCGAGAAUUUUGUAGAAUGAUUUCUAUAGAUAGUUUCACUUUCAUUACUAAUGACAAGGAGCAUAUUUUUGUUAUUCUACUAAGUAGUACUUGUUAUGUUAUUCCAUCCCAGCAUUAUGAAGAGGAAUUAUGGGACAUAAAACAAACUUUUAUAUACAUAUACAUAUGUAUUGUGUCAUUUUCUAAUA